AUGCAGGUAAAAACUUUUUGUGGGUGCUGCUCAUUACAAAUUGGUAGUAUAAUUAUCGGAAUUGCGACUAUAUUAUGUACAAUAUUCGUCUUCAUCCUAGAAGCUAUCGGGAUAGACCAUAUUGAAAACAUUGAAAGUCCUGAAUUUAAAAUGAGUACCUACUUCAUUGUCAAAGCUAUUUACGUAGGGGUAAUGUCGUAUCUUGUGAUUUGUAUGAUAAUAUCCAUACAACUCAUAAUCGGAAGUAUUAAGCGUAAAGCCAGUUAUGUUUUUCCCUUUGUCUGCUUGGCAUAUAGCAACGUAAUAAUGCAAUUAGCAAUCUCUAUUGGCAUAAUGGUGUUUACAUUUGGAUACCCAUUACCAGCGAUAAUGACUUACGUUAACUUCUUAAUUCUAUCUCUUCUUAUGGGCGCCUAUGUUUACAUCUGGCUCGUAGCCUACAGUUUCUACAAGGAACUAAUGCUAGAAAAGUAUGGAUAUUCUCCAAAUCAGGAGAACAAAAACUACGAACCGUACAAAGGUUACAAUGUUUAA